AUGGCAACACCACAGGAAAGACACCCAGAGCUGUUUAGACCUGUGAAUAGCAAGUCCCCAAGAGGGAUGAAGCGAACGGUACCUCUAGAAUGCCUGUGUCUGGGGUUUAACCGGACGGGAACGGCGUCCAUGUGCAAUGCACUUGAGAUACUGGGUCUACCAUGCUGGCACUCCACCCAGUUCAUGUCGACGCGAUUUGGUGACCUCGAGAUGUGGCAGGAGGCGGUGGAUAGAAAGUUCUUCGGGGCAGGACCCAAAUUCGGGCGCCAGGAGUUUGACCAGCUGCUGCAUGACUUCGGGGCCGUCUCGUCCGACACCCCGGCGAUUGCGUUUGCUGACGACCUAAUCGAAGCGUAUCCGGAGGCCAAGGUCGUGCUGGUCGAAAGAGAUAUCGGCUCGUGGUAUGAAAGCUGGAUGAACAGCGUGAUUAAAAAUACUUAUGACCCGUUCGUCACGGUCAUCUAUCACAUCGAUCGCUUCUUCACUCAUCCAAUUGGGAGAAUCCACAAAACAACUUUGCAGGGUUGGUUGGGAAUAUCUAAUCCCCAGGAUGCCUGCCGCAAGAGUAAAGCCAAGUACAGACAACACUACGAGCUCGUCCGGAGCAUAACCCCCAACGACAGGCUGCUAGAGUACAAACUGUCGGAUGGAUGGGAGCCGCUGUGUGAGUUUCUAGGGAAACCAGUGCCGGACCAGCCCUUCCCCCGUCUUAAUGAGAAGAAAUGGCUCGAUGAGAAAGUCCUGCUCGUGCUCUCUCAGGGAAUGAAACGUUUGGCGUGGAAGGCUUUUCUUUACUUCCUGGGUCCGCUGAUUUUUGCUGGGCUGAUAUACUGUGCAAUGUAACGGCGUUGUAUAUCCUUCGUGAAGAAGCUCAGUCCCAGAAAACCAGUGUCCUUUGGUAUAUGUUUGUUACUCUUCAUAUACUCUGGAAAAUAGGAAA